CUCACUUGGGUUAUGAUGCUUUGUGCCUAACAUUUGACCCUCAAUUUUGGCGUUUUUAUACCUCUUAAACCCUUAUCUCUCAAGUUUAUCUCCUCUAAAAUUCUAUUGUUAAAAUUCAUCCGUUUGAUUAUAUUCUUUUCGAUUUCGUUACCGCCAAUUAUGAAACACAAUGAGUCAUUAUCGUUACAAUGGUUGGAUAAUUGAUAAAUUUGAAGGCAAAAUAGAAUUGCAUGACUAGAUAUUCAAAGAUCGUGCUUCUUAUUGGCCCCCCCUCCUGUUCUACUUCUUCGUAACCCUGCAGGAGUAUAGUGCUCUUCUAUCUUCUUGGACAAAACUCGAGUCGAACAACAUGAGCAGGUGAAAUGGCAACAGCGGGAUCUUGUCCUUCAGGUUACUGUAUAAUGAAGGUCUACUGCAAAACGCUAUUAUCAACGAUGCAGCAGGGAAUAUCCUUUCCAGGGACUUUGACAUCCUUCUUUUAAUGAUAUUAUGGCGCAUACAAGUCCAUUUCAAGUGACUAUUUCUCCUCUUUGUAUGAAGAAAGAUUUUAUGAGUAUUACUAACAAUAUUACGUCAACUACAACUACUACAAAUACCAAUUCAAUACCUCCUACUAACGCUACUACAGAUAAUAAUAAUAAUAAUGCCAGUAGUAAUAUCAUUAUCAAUCCAACAAAUAUCGUGGUAACACCAGCACAUUUACUCAACCUACUACCUGGUGCUAUCCCACCUGAAACCACCCUAUACUUCUACGGUAAAAUAACACGUGAACAAGCUGAAGAAUUAUUAUUUAAACAUGGCGCCAGUGAAGGUCUCUUUCUGUUGAGAGAGUCUGUAAAUAGAAAUUAUGCAGUAUCGAUAUGUCAUAUGGGUCGUGUGCAUCAUUAUAAUGUUGAAAGACAAACAGAUUAUUCAUAUAGGAUACAAACAGGUCAUAAAUUUAUUGGUCCAGUUGAAUUAGUUCAACAUCAUUCAAAUCAACUAGAUGGUUUCCUGACACUGGCUAAACUUCCAUUGAAUCGUCCACAAGGUGUUUCACCUAUCGUAUUACAAGGAUUAAAUUCUGAUGAAUUGGAAAAGUGUUUACGCGUGAAAGCUACAGAAAUGGGAUUGAAAGGACAAAGUAUAGAAGAAGCACUCAGCGGACCUAUGCGUAAUCAUUUACGAUUUUUGGUAGUAAAAGAUUUACACUUAAUUCAACCCUGGUAUCAUCAUACUAUCCGACGACGUGAUGCUGAAUUACGCCUGGCGAAUGAAGGCAGUCCAGAAGGUGCAUUUUUAGUACGCUAUCGUAAAGAAGAUGGAGUAUACGUGUUAAGCUUAACAAGUCAUAAUGAACCGAAACACUAUCGGAUAGAAGAACAUUUAGGCAGAUGGUCUAUAGAAGGUGGACAAUACUUUGAAACACUUAUGGAAUUAAUUGAUCAUUAUCAUUUUCGUCAAGAUGGUCUAUUAUGCAAAUUACAGAAACCAGUUUCUGCGCCUAUUAGUUAUACACGUUCACGUUCAGGUUCAGGUAUGGCUAUAAAACAUUCAACGGAUCAUAUUAAAAUUCCUAUGAGUCCAGAGAAAAGUCAACAUUGUAAAGUACAAAGCACAUUUUCAUCAAAUAUAAACCAUAUAAGGAAUGGAAGUCAUUCAUUGCCAGCUUUAACAACAUUUCCUAUUUCUGGAGUUAAUCCCCCACUGAAAAGCACCACUGUUUCUACUACAAGUACUAUUGUGUCUAAUAACAAUAAUAGUGUUUCAUCAAUUCAAUCUGGUAUCCACAAAGAGACAAGUAACAUGCUAACAACGACUACAACAAGAAUGACAACACCAACAGUCUCAACAAUAACAACAACAACAACUGUUUGUUCUUCUCCUCCCUUUUCUACAUCUAUUCCUACUCCUACGAAUCCAACUGCUGCAACCACUACUAGUGGUAUUAAUAGUAGUAGUAGUAGUAAUAGUACAGUUAUUAGACAAGAUUUAAUCUCCUUCAAUGAUUGGCCAAAUGUAACAAUGCUUUUAUCGAAUCAGACUACUACAACGUUACAAUCUCCUUUAAACCGACAGACGACAACACUAACGACAACAGCGCCGACAACAACAUCGCUAUCUACAACACCAGUGAUACCUAAUUCUAAUAAUUUUACAAAUUCUCUAUUGAUUGAUUCUACACGUAUCCCACAAAUGGCACUGCUUGACAGAGAUUUACAUGCUGGAAUUACAAGAACAAUGAGCACGGCAACUACUCCAAUGGCUGUUGGUAAUACAAAAGAUACACGUGCCACCGGCUGCUUAAAACCAAUCCGAUUGAAUGAACCUGUCACUUCGCUGGGUAAAGCAUUCGCUGAAGUCGAUAAUGUUAUUGCUCAGGUAGUAUCAAACGCUUUCUCUACUCCAACAGUCAACAACAACAACAGUGCAAAUUCAAGAGUAUCUACAACCUCCUUAAUAAAUCCAUCCAUCACAACGUCAACAGUAGCAAUGCCAAGUACACCGAUGACUGUUAUAACUGCGCCUAAUACAGACCAUUUAAAAAAUAAUAAUAAUUUCAUGUUAUCUAAUAAUGCAAAUCUUAUUCAUAAUACUACUGAAAUCAACAAUAACAGUAGUAGUAGUGGUGGUAAUUGUAAUCAUCAUCACCACCAUCAUGAUAUCAAUGAUACCUUGUUAAAUAAUCAAGUCAACAUUAUUGAUAAAAAAGGCAUACCAAGUCAUAGAGAAUCUCUACCUAUACAAACUUUACACUUUCCACCGAUAUUGGAUACACCAUGGGAGGAACCAGAUUGUAGUGAAGAUCACGCAUUGAGUACAUCAAGCAGUGGUGGUUCCUGUACUGGAGGAGGUGGUGUUGGUGCUAUUGGUGGUAUUUUUGGUAGUGUCAGUGGUUUUAGUAAUUCCAGCACAACACCAACUAGUACAAUAACAACAACAACAACAACGACAACACCAACACCACCAGCAACAACAACAGCAACAAACGUAUCUACAUUUAUAGGGAAUAAUCCAUUUCUACCAUUUAUAAGUCCAACUUUAACUCGACGUACCUCAUCAACAUCAUCACCAUCAUCAGCGACAGUCAUAAACCCCAAUAGAACACAAUCAUUAACAUCGCCAGAUAUGAGUACAUUUUGUUCAGCUAUAUGUUGUCAUCAUUCAGUACAAGGACAAAAUUGUAACCCACCGAUGACAAUGCCAUCACCACAAUUUCAAUCAAAUCGUAGUGCUUGGGCUAAUGCAAUCAGUCCUGAGAAUGCUCAACAAAUUUAUGAUGAAUUACCACCAUCCAACUUUCUGUUAAGUUCACAAACUGUAACAUUAAAAGAAAGAUUAGGUGGAGGAAAUUUUGGUCAUGUUGUCAAAGGAUUGUAUAGAACACCAUCUGGUCAAGAGGUUCCAGUUGCGGUGAAAACACUGAAACCGAAUCAAAUUGUCAGCGCCGGAGAAGCUACAAGAGAAAUAUUAGCUGAAGCGCGUACAAUGGCCCAAUUGAAACAUCGUCAUAUAGUAAGAUUAAUUGGCGUGUGUAAAGAAGAACAAUUUAUGCUUGUCCUUGAGUUGGCGCCUUUAGGUCCUAUCAAUAAAUAUUUGAAAAGACGUCCUGAUGUCAGUGUACAUACAUUAACUGAACUAAUGCAUCAAGUUGCCUUGGGUAUGGCAUACUUAGAAUCAUGUAAAUUUGUACAUCGUGAUUUAGCUGCACGUAACGUUCUAUUGGUUACCCGGCAUUUUGCAAAAAUUAGUGAUUUUGGAAUGAGUAAAGCCCUAAAUUUUGGUAGUGAUUAUUAUAGGGCAGCAACUGCUGGUAAAUGGCCAUUGAAAUGGUAUGCUCCAGAGUGUAUUUAUUACUUUCGUUUUGAUUCAAAAUCAGAUGUAUGGAGUUAUGGAAUUACACUGUGGGAAGUUUAUUCCUAUGGUGAACGACCGUAUAGGGAUAUGAAAGGUGCACAAAUAUUAGCAAUGCUUGAUCAAGGUCUCCGGUUAUCACGUCCUAGUCGAUGUCCUGAGUCUAUCUAUAGUGUUAUGCAACAAUGUUGGAAUUUUGAAGGAGUUCAUCGGCCAACAUUUGCUGAACUUGUCCUGACAAUAUCACGUAUACUUAAAGCUAUGCCUUCACCACAAACGAAUGUGUGCAUUCCUAACAAUAACAAUAAUAAUAACAAUAAUAAUAUUCACACUACUAAUAUCAGUAGUGUUAGUAAUCGUAAUGGUAUUCCCACUACUUCUAGUACUGCUACUACUUCUGCUGCUGCUUCUAUCAAUACUACUCACAAUACUAAUAUCAGUAGUAGUAUGAUGUCAUGUAAUACAACCAUAAAAUUUGAUCAUUUUCAUCAUUCACCUACACAUCAACAUACACUGAGUGGGAUUAAUGAUAAUAAACAUAAUAAUAAUACAGGCUUACAGCCAAUAGAAUUUAGUCCAUCGAGACGUAUUGUCGGUGGAAUUGGAACCACAAGUACAAGUUCUGGAGGAAGUGGUGUCAACAGUGGUGGAAGUGAUGGAAUUUCAUUUUAAAAAAAUUAUUAUUUUGUUAUUUUAAUAUAUAUGGACCUAUUUGAUUUAUUACGUGAUAUAAUUAUCGGGGAUAAAGUUCAACUGACCAACCGACCGACCGCCAGACUGGCUGGCUGACUGACUGACCUACCACCUCACAGUGUUCAAUAUUCAGGCGUAAACAGCUGACAUCCAUUCUACGAUGAAUACAUUUCUCACCAUUCUUAUUUUGUGAACCUCUAUCCGUCUCUCUCUCGUGCGCGCGUGCUUUCUGUAUAUGCACUUCUUAUUGUGUCAGCCUCCUUGUUUCCCCAUCACUCGUACCACCCAUCCCAUCUUUGUUCCCCUGCCUGUUUGGGUUUCUUUACUCACUUCAUCUAAUCUCGAUGCAUUUCAGUACACAGUCUUAUUGAAAAGAGAAUCAUAGUCUUCUGUAGGAGAUUAGACAGAUACCAUAAACACACGAUCAUUAUUCCCUAUUCUGUCUUUUUUUAAUUGUCUCUAUCAUUUGUGAUGCCUCAGUACUGUCAGUCUCCAGGUUUUUGUCGUCGCUUCGUCUUAUUCUGUCGAUAGGAAAUGAAGAAUUCUUAGCUUUUCAUUGAAUCCGUUGAUUCCAACCCCCCCCCCGCUUCUGUUCACUGCCUCCAAAUCCCGCCCUAAUCCUCCCCCUUCCCCAACAAUUCACACUGGUGCCUCAUUUUAUUUGUUCUUGUGUGUGUUAUAUGUCAAAAUAGAAAGCUGAAAUUAUGGCUGGUCAACACAAAUUGGAACUAAAAUGGAAAGCAGAAAAUGCAUUUAUGAUUUCAAGUUAUCCAGAAAUAGCUAACAUGUGAUUUUAUGUUAAAAGUAUUUUUCCCUUCUUUUUAUCCCCUCCAACCUACCCCGAUUCCCUCUUCCCUUCUUCCCCUCUUCCCCCGUCUUCAUCCGGGAUUUGUAUCUGGGCCUCUUCUUGGCGUUUUUUUUUCACUCAGUCUAUUUUUGACGACAAAAAUAUGUGUGUGUGUGUUGAAAUGUUGUCACUUCUUCAGUGAUUUUUCUGUUGAACAUAAUGUUCAGUACACUGUCUUCUUCUUCUUGGCUGCAUCCUCUUAGUCGCUCUCUUCAUCAUCAUCCUCCUCCUCCUAUUCCGCCAUUUUCCUCUUACUUUGACUUCCCCCCUGCUAAUCCUAGUUCUCUUCCUCAUACUCCUGUUGAUUCAUAUUCUCUUCCUUCCUACUACUCUCACUACUCUUACUUCUCCCCUCUUCUUCAUACACUUACUCUCUACUCUGCCCAUCCCUUUGUUCGUCUAUCUGUUCAUUCUUUGUUUAUCUCUUCUUAUUUUAAUAUUCCCGCUUCAUUUUAAAUUAAUUAUGGCGGAGAAAGAGGAGAAGUAAAACAAACAGAGUAAAACACAAUAAAUAAAUAAACUAAAUUAAAUUAUAAAUUAAAUCAACAAAUGACAUAGAGUGAAGAAGAAAAAUUAACAAAAUUGUUUUUGUACAAAUUAUAUACACUGAUUAUUAUGAUUACAAAUUAUGAAUAUGAUAUAUGAAUGAAUAAUUAUCCUUGUUUCGACUUUAAUUUCUAUUUCAAUGUCCAAGGUGUAGAGAGAGAGACAGGGAGAGAGAGAGAGAGAGAGCCAAAACCAAAUCUUUAAGUUAGGGAAAUAAUUUCAGCUUUGACAACGGAUUGAUGUCAGUUAGAGAAGCAUUGAACACCGCCUACAGGGGUGUACUGGAUAGAUGACUGUCUCGUCCUAGUUUGUGAUACAUUGAUGGCAUAUACCCACAGCUAGGGUUCGAAUCCAAGGCCUUUCGGUAAUAAUUCAAGCUCGCUGACCAGUAUUCAGCCGCUGGGACGCGAAUCAAUGGCCAAUUCAAGUAUUCUCACUUCUACAAAUUCAUGAUUUUAGUAGGACUGGCACGAGCCAAUACUUUUCUCAUUCCUUCAUGUUCCCAG